AUGGUUCUGCAGGAUGAAGGAUUUUCAGUACUGAUCCAUACAUUGUUUUUACUUGUUAUUCGAUUGGGAUACUUGCAGGUAGAGGUGGAUGAAAGUGGAACUGGAACCACUUCAAGUAAUAAGGGAAGUGGUGAUUGGAAUUGUGCUUCAUCAGUGACUAGUGAAAUUAGGAUCAUCUCACAUGAGGGACGUUCUAAUUUGUGGAGUGAUUUUUAUGCCACAGAGUACAUAAAUGUGCCAAAGAAGCUGGAUAGGUUUUCUUGGAAUCUUGUAGAGCCUAGGACACAGGGGGUGCCGAGCCACCCAAUUGAGAGAUUUCAAACUGAAGCUUUGCCUCCAAAGUCAGCUAAGUCAAUUCCAGUUACUCACCAUAAGCUUUUGUCGCCUAUCAAGAGUCCUGGCUUCAUUCCACCAAAAAAUGCAGCUUAUGUAAUGGAGGCGGCCUCAAAGAUCAUUGAGGCAAGUCCUCGAGCAUCUGCCAGGAGCAAAGUGUCAUCUGUAGGGCCUUCUUCGAUUCCCUUGAGAAUUCGGGAUUUGAAAGAGAAGAUGGAAGCUGUGCAUAAAGCAUCAGGACCUGAAAGACCCAAGGAAGCUAGUGACUUCAGGUAUAUGAAAGGACUGCCUAGUGACAGGCGCCAUAACGGGUCAGAUAAUGUACCAGUAGCCAAGGCUUCUGUGGAUUCAGAAAAACAAAGUUACAGGGAUGUGAGGAAUAAGGGCAAAUCAGUAUCCCUUGCAGAACAAGCAAAGGUCAAUAUUCAGAAAAGGGAGGGGUCGACUUCUUGUCGUAAUAGAAGUUUUAUGAACCAGAAGGAACAGAAUGAGGUCAAACAAAAUCAGUUUUCCAAGAGCAAGUCAAGUACACAAAGAUCUACGCAUAAGAGAACUUCCGUUGAGAGCGCCAGAACUGCGCUCAAGCAGAAUAACCAGAAGCAGAAUUGUGUAUCUAACAGAGAUAAAAUGACUUCAAAAAGUAUGGUUCCUAAUCAGCCUACUAGAAGAAUGCAGCCACCUAAUGGCUCUACUGGGCCAAUGAAAACUGUGAAUAAGACUAUUGUAAGCUCUGAGAUUGGAUCUGGAAAGUUGGGCUCAAGGGCGACUGCUAAUGGAAAAGAGUUUCCGUUAUCCACAAGAAAGAUUGUUUCUGGAAAGGUAAGGUCUGUUCAUCAGGAUGAUCAUUCAGAAGAAACUGUUUCCGAUGAUUCAUAUAUCGGUGGAGAUGAAAAGUCAGUGAAAUGUAAUUUUUCAAGGAACGGGUGUUCCAAUUUGGGCGCAGAUAAUAGGAACCAAGGCAUGGAUGUUAUUUCAUUUACAUUCACGUCUCCCCUGAAAAGAUCAUUCUCUGAAUUGCAGUCACCUGGUCAACUCACAAGUAUAAAUAACAGCUUUUAUAUUGAUUCUUCUGGUCACAACAAUCAGCAGUUCUAUCCCGAGAAUUUCACAUUAUCUUCUCCUGGGUUGAACGUGAUUGGUGGUGAUGCUUUGAGUGUCCUUCUGGAACAAAAGCUUCAAGAACUUUCAUGUAAAGUUGAGUCAUCUCAACGCAACCAAUCCAGUGAAGUGACUUCUGGUACUUCUACGUCUUGCUUGCAAGAUAUGGUUUCCAGUGUGGCAAGCACUACAUCAAGAGGCAAGGGGUUCAAAGUUGGUUUAACCAAAGAUAAAACUGACAGCACAGACGACUAUGAUUGCUUGUCAGUUGAGGUUAACCAGCAGGGGCAGGGAUCAGAAGGGGUGGAAGAGUGUAGCAGUAGCAGUAGAAACAUUACAACUGGAAAAGAAUUUGAUCGACGUCGUAGUCCAGUUUCAAUUUUUGAACACUCAGUUGAGAGUCGAACCUGCACAGAUAACAGAAGUAGCGCCAAUGGCAGUGACAGUGAGAGAUGUUCAUUGGCUCAACUUCAAGAUCAAGGCAGUUCACUCUCUUCAUAUGGUGUUUCAGAUUUCCUCGACUCAGCCUCUUCAGCUUCUAGAGGGGAUGCCAGCGGAAAGAGUACGACUAUGAUAUCAGGUUCGCAUUCAAAUGACUGGGAACUGGAAUAUGUGAGAUACGUCCUUAGCAAUGUAGAUCUAGAGAUGGAAGAUUUCGCCUUGGGUGAUGCUCAACAUGUCAUCACCCCAAGUCUCUUUGAGCAUUUGGAGAAUCAAGAACAAGAAGAGUAUCCGAAGGUCGAGCAGAAGAUUGUGUUUGACUGCGUAAAUGAAGCCCUGCAGUUCAGAUGCAAGCAAAUAUUUGUGGGAAGCCGCAAAGCGUGGGAUAGAUUGACCGCAUUGUCUCAGAGGAAGGGACGAUUAGCUGAGGAGUUGCACAAAGAGAUUUCGGGUUGGAAAAACAUGAGAGAGCUGAUGGGGGAUGAGCUUGUGGACAAGGAUAUGAGCACGCAGCGUGGAAGAUGGCUCGACUUUGAAGUUGAAGUGUUUGAGGAGGGUCUAGAGAUUGAGAAGGGGGUACUAGAUUGUCUGGUGGAUGAGUUGGUGUCUGAUUUUUUGAACUUUUAGGCCCUCUUUAAGCUUGCCUUGUAUUAAUUAUUUACCUUGUGCAUACUACAAAAUUUUACUAUAUUUCGGUGUAUGACAUGCACCAAGACAAUUGACGGCUGAACGUGUGAUUCAAGUUGUAAUGGAAAAUUACCACUGGUGCAUACUAGAAAAUUCUCCUUCUACUGAUCCAAUCUCCCAAAUGAAGGGAAAUUUAACUA